AUGGCCUCUCAACGUCACUACUACCAGCCCUCCGCCCUGCCCAUGGGCAUGCCUUCCAAGGCCCCGGCACCAGCCAACAUGUACCCAAUUUCACGGGUUCCAGGCUCGCCGACGGAUUACUCUGAUGCAAGCACCACUGCUGGCAGCCGCACUUCUGGCGGACUCACUUUCAGCUCUGCUGGCCCUAGCGCCGAUUACGAGUCGAGCUCUGCUUCGUACUCGGGAGUCGACGUAAUGGAUGUCGUGAGCAACCGCAUGCAAAAUGCGUUUGAUCCGACUCCACUGGACCGCAAUUUGGUGACACAAGCACAAACGGGCGAAUUGCAAGCUGUCUCGCGAAACCCGCGCCGACGAGCUGCCACGGGAAAAGCGAGGGUUUGCUCGCGCGAGGCUGAAAUUGAGUUAAUUAAGCUAACACGUGCACCGCGCAGAUCCGGCGAGCUGCACGCAAAACAGCAAGAGCUGAUGGAGCUGCAAGCCAUGGCGCAGCGCCGCAUGAAAGGCCUGCGCUCGAACUUCAACGAGGGACUCAAGACCGCCCGCGAGACCAAGCGCGAUCUCGAAUGGACCCAGAAGCGCGUCAGCGCGCUCAAGAGCAAGGCCGAGAAGGCCCACCCGGACGAAUACCGUCGGGCCGCGAAGAAUUACACGUAUGGCGACUACUGA